CACCUCCCCCAGCUUGUUUAAACAAGAUUUCUACAGCCCAGAAAAGUGGCUGUAGUCAAUAUCAGUGGAUUAAAAACUGAGAAGAUGAGGCCAGCUUUUCAGCCGUUGCUGCUGUUUAUAUGGCACAUGUGUCUGCUCACCACUGUAACAGCGGACAAUGUGUGCAAUCGGCCUCCUGAAGAGAAUGGCUCAGAGCUGAGCGGAGGACAGUUAUUUUUCGAACCAGGGACAGAGGUUACCCUGUCAUGCAGCCAGGGCUACUCGAGUGCCGGAGGGUCACGUAAAAUAACCUGCAAAAAGAAUGGAGAGUGGACCAUGCGCGAGCUGAAGUGCAACCCAAAGCGAUGUCCGGUUCCUGAAUCGCUGCAGAACGGAAAGGCAGACUUCGACGGGAUUGUUUAUAAAACCGUCAUCACAUAUUCCUGCCUGGAGGGAUACAUCUUGGAUGGAGCCACUCAAAGCCAAUGCUUACACACCGGCCAGUGGAGUCAACCGACCCCAGAGUGUAGACCUGUUGUUUGUGAUCUUCCGGUUAUUCCACCUUACGCUAAAAUCGUGUAUGACAGGCAGUUCAGCGGGGACACCGUAGAGUUCGGGUUUGGGGGGACCUAUGAGUGUUUGCCACCCAUGGCUCUGUUUGGUGAGAAAAGAGCUACAUGCACUGCUGACGGAACAUGGAGCGAACCACCGGAGUGCAAGCUGGUAACGUGUCCCGUGCCCAUAGUAAUAGACAAUGGAUUUCUGUCGUUUGCUGAGUUGCGUGAGCAUGGGUAUAAGGAAAAAGUCAAGUACGGCUGUAACAACCCUUAUGUUCUCGAUGGAACAGUUGAGGUUGAAUGUGAAAAAACUGGCUCAUGGUCCAGAAUUCCUGAAUGUAAAGCUCCUUGCAAGGUUAAUAUUGAAAGGGGACGCAUUUUUUACAAAGGCUUAAAGAAAUGGAUUGAAGACUUCAAGCCCAACCAGGUGUUGCACUCGGAGAGCGUCACUGUCUACUGUCUGGAUGAGAAGAGAAGUUGCGGCUAUCCUGUGAGCAUGCAGUGCAGAGACGGACAGAUGCCGAUCCCUGCCUGUUACAAUGAACCCAGUUACACCAAAUACAAAUUUAAUUCAGGCUCACUUCCAUCUGAGAUCAAGCAGUGCAACUGACCACUGGAACCUGGGACACCAAAAGGACAAAUAGAAAAGGACACUGAGAGCUGCUUAAAGAAAAACUUUAAAAUGACUCUUCUGGCACGUAGCAUUGUGAUUUAGGUUUCAUUUUCAAUGUUACAAUGUCAAGAAAUGUCAAAAAUGUAAGAGGAUUCUUUAACAUUAAAGGUUUUGCAUUUAAAUUA